GCGAGCAUAGAGCCCAUAGGAGUUGAGAGCAUACUGUGGUUGAGAGGCGGUGACCUCAUCGUCGUCGCGAGGCGGAGCGAACCGCUGCAACUUUUAGAUGAACUUCUGAUUUGAACAAACCGAGAGGCGGUCGGCGGAGUGCACGUCAACAACAGACGCAAAAGGUGAACAGAUUCAGAGGUUUUCUGCUGCGAAGUAUUUACAGCCGGUUCGUUUUUAUCUUUACCGGCCGUGACGGUGUGUGUACGCCGGAGACUGACCAGCGAGAGCGUUAUUUUUCCUCUCUUAAACGCCGACAAGGUGGAAAUUAAUAAAGGGAAACCUCUUCUGAUGCCAGUCACACAUGUAGGCACAGGAUUAAAGGAAGACCUAUCCUGGUCAUUGUUCAUCACGGCUGGAUGAAGUCGCCUGUCUGAUCUGAAGGAAACCUUUUACUACUUGAGGUUGGGAAAGCUGUCCUCUGUUGGCAGUGCUUUGUGUUUACAAGAGAUCCAGACACCCACAGUGAAAAGAGAUGUUUUUUCUCGUCAAGGUCAGUUCCUGAGUUGGUCCCGUCCAGACUGAAUUUAAGUUCUCCUCUAGUAUGGUUGCAAUGAAGACUGCUUUUUAGAGACUUCAGCUGUGAAAGUUCACCAUUAACACAUUUGUGUUCAUCAAGCUUCUUCAAGCAUCAAAUGUAUUCGUGAGACUCUCUCAUCACUUCAGUCAGUGGGCAUUAUGUUGACCCUAAUCUAAACCCAUUAGCAACCCAUCCCUACAUUUUCCUCCCAUCUCCCUUCCCCACACCCUUUCCCAUCUCCAUCAUGACCAGUCUGAAGCGUUCUCAGACAGAGCGCUCGGUUGGGGGCUCAGUGCCGGCUUCUGAUGAGUUUUAUACCCGCCGCCUGCGAUUGCCCAAUGGAGGGGCACCACCACCCCGCAGUGAGAGCGCCCACAUCUCCUCUUCCUCCACCACUGGCACCAACCCUGGUGUCCCCAAGAUGGGGGUUCGUGCUCGUGUGGCUGAUUGGCCCCCAAGGAAAGAUGGGGGAGGAGGGGGAGGAGGAGGAGGAGGUGGUGGAGGAGGAGUUGGUGGUGGAGGAGGAGGAGGAGGAGGUAGUGGUGGCAGUGGAGGAGGAGGGAUGUCGGCCGUCACAGCCCACAGCAAUCUGUCAGCCAAGCUGGGCCACCUGAUAAGCCCCCAGGACUCAUCCAUGCUGCGCAACAUCCACAACACACUAAAGAGCAAGAUGCAUGGCAAGGGAAAGGACAAUCGCUUCCUGUCACCAGAUGGCUAUCUGGGCUCACCUCGCAAAGGCAUGAGGCGCAUCCGUCAACGCAGUAACAGUGAUAUAACUAUCAGUGAGCUGGAUGUGGACGGUAAUGAGGGCUGGUCAUUCUCCGGGUGGACACCCAUGCACCGUGAGUAUGGCAGCACCUCAUCCAUAGAUAAACAUGGUGUGUCAGGAGAGAGCUUCUUUGACAUGCUCAAGGGAUACCAGUCCUCUGAGGCCCCUGAUCAGCGAAGCCCAGCUCCAGACAAGCUAACCGAGCUACUUACCGUGGCCCCAACAAAACAGCCUGCCCUGGACUUGCCAGAUGGGCCGUUGGGUCCAGCCAGAGGUAGUCCUGCCAGCCGGCUGAAAGAAAGAGAGAAGCACUUGAAGAGGAGGUCAAAGUCAGAGACCGGUGGAGAGUCAAUAUUCCGUAAGUUGCGCAGCGUGAAGGUGGAGGGGGACUCCUCAAGGGCUGGCUCAGAUGCUGAAGAUGGGGGGAAAGGGGAUGAGAGUGGCCCACCUCCCAAACCUUGGGCAUGUCAAAAAGGCUUUGCCCAUUUUGAUGUCCAGUCUCUACUCUUUGACCUCAAUGAGGUAAUCCAUAGUCGGCAGUCUGGGUCCAAACGGAAGAACACCACUACCGGUGCCUCGGCUGCUGCUGCCGCCUCUGCUUCGGCCACAUCCUCUCUCUCCUCCAAUCAGAGUGGAGUGUACGGGUCACCCUGUGGCUCACAAGAGGAGUUGAGUAAGGAGGGGACAGGAGGAGGACACGGUACCAACCCGGUCUUGGACCCUGGUGAUGACAAGAGUAAUGACCUGGUGCUCAGCUGCCCUUGUUUCAGGAAUGAGAUUGGUGGAGAGCGAGAGAGGAACAUCUCUCCACCUAAACAGGGCAGCAUAGGUAGUGGUGGUAGCUCAAGCAAUUCUUCUGGAAGUACAGAGGAAGGACCUUUGGAUGCCAUCCUCACUACUCAUUUUACUAAUGCUGGUGUGGCUGUGCUGGAGGCUGCCAAGGACGGGCCGAGCCAACAUGCUGACAGGUCCAAACGUUACAUUAUGGAACAUGUUGACCUUGGCACCUAUUACUACCGAAAGUACUUCUACCUCAGAGAACACUGGAACUACCUGGGAGUAGACGAGAAUCUGGGCCCAGUGGCAGUGAGUUUGAGGAGGGAGAAGUUGGAUGAACACAAGGAGCAUGGCCAGCAAUACAACUUCAGGGUCAUCUUCAGAACGAGUGAGCUAAAUACCCUGAGGGGCUCCAUCCUGGAAGAUGCGGUACCUUCCACAUCCAAGCAUGGUCUAGCUCGAGGCCUGCCCCUCAAAGAGGUGCUGGAGUACCUGGUGCCUGAGCUCAACGUCCACUGCCUGCGCCUGGCACUCAACACCCCUAAGGUCACUGAGCAGCUAAUGAAGCUGGAUGAGCAGGGGUUGAGUUUCCAGCGGAAGGUGGGGGUGAUGUACUGCAUGGCAGGCCAGAGCAGCGAGGAGGAGAUGUACAACAAUGAAUUGGCUGGUCCUGCACUGGAGGAGUUCCUUCAUCUGCUGGGGGAGAGGGUUAGACUCAAAGGCUUCACCAAGUACCGGGCCCAGCUGGACACCAAGACUGACUCGACGGGCACCCACUCCAUGUACACCACUUACAAAGAGUAUGAGCUCAUGUUUCAUGUGUCUACCAUGCUGCCAUACACACCCAACAAUAAGCAACAGUUACUCCGGAAGCGUCAUAUUGGGAAUGAUAUCGUCACGAUCGUGUUCCAGGAACCCGGGGCGCUCCCUUUCACCCCCAAAAAUAUUCGCUCACACUUCCAGCACGUCUUUGUUGUUGUGCGUGCUCACAACCCAUGCUCCGACAACAGCUCCUACAGUGUUGCUGUCACUCGUUCCAAAGACGUGCCCUCCUUCGGCCCCCCUAUUCCAGAAGGCGUGGCUUUUCCCAAGUCCUCUGUGUUCCGGGACUUCCUGCUGGCCAAAGUCAUCAAUGCAGAAAAUGCUGCCCACAAGUCGCACAAGUUCCGUGCCAUGGCCACCCGAACGCGCCAGGAGUACCUGCGCGACCUGGCUGAGCGCCACACCACCAGCACACCCAUCGACCCCUCUGGGAAGUUCCCCUUCAUCUCACUGGCCCACAAGAAAAAAGAGAAGAGCAGGCCGUAUGAAGGGGCAGAGCUGCGCAGCCUGGGGGCGGUGACCUGGCUGGUCCACGUUGAGGAUCACGGGACCGGAGGGGAACUGGAGGCCCUCCUUUCUAUCUCCAAUGACUUUCUCAUCCUGUUGGACCAGGAGGCCAAGGCUGUGGUGUUUAACUGUGCCACUAAGGACGUGAUUGGCUGGACGCUGAGCAGCCCUGCGUCUUUGCGGAUUUUCUACGAGCGGGGAGAAAGUGUGUCCCUGAGGAGUAUCAGUAAUAAUACAGAGGAUUUCAAAGAGGUGGUCAAACGUCUAGAGUUCCUGACUAAAGGCUGUGAGACAUCCGAGAUGACGCUUCGUCGAAAUGGCCUGGGACAGCUGGGCUUCCACGUAAACUAUGAAGGCAUCGUGGCUGAGGUGGAGCCAUAUGGUUACGCCUGGCAGGCAGGACUGCGGCAAGGAAGCAGAUUGGUUGAAAUCUGCAAAGUUGCUGUAGCAACGCUGACCCAUGAGCAGAUGAUUGACCUCCUGCGGACCUCAGUGACCGUGCGUGUGGUUAUCAUCCCGCCACAUGAUGACGCCACACCGCGCAGAGGCUGCUCAGAGCUCUAUCGGAUGCCGGUGUCAGAAUACAACAAGGGCGGCGGCAGCAGCAGCAGCGAUAGCGGCUCCUUCGAAUACAAGUUCCCCUUCCGCAGCAACAACAACAAGUGGCAGAGGACCUCCAGCAGCCCUCAGCAGUCACUGACUGCCUCGCCACAGCCCCACACGCCCAACCGGGCCAUCAGUUUGGGUAGCUCAGUGGGGAAGACCCUGUCAGCUGAGAGGCUGGAGAGGGGCGCCGCCAUCCCACGCAGUGUCAGUAGUGAUGGACGGCCCCUGGACACCAAGAGGAUGUCUCCGGGCAGUGAGAGCUAUAGCUUGGCCUCCUCCUUGGCAUUGGGUCGUUCCCCUCACAAUCGCAGCUCUCCCAGCAACCUGUCUUGUUCCAGUGAUGCCUCCGGAAGCUCUGCUCACUGGAGACAGAAGUCCAUGCCUGAGCAGUUUGCAGGCAGCCGCCACUCUCCGAUGUCUGGGGAGAGACGAGAGGUGGUUGGAGAGGGCGGGUCCAGUGGAAAGUCCACUCCCAAUUGGUCAAGAAUGGAGGAAGGAGGAGGAGCCGAACGAGGAUCAACAGAGGCCCCAGUCUCCAAGUCUGGUCAAGGCUACUCUGGAGCUCCCCGCAUCCAGAGGCAGGAGCAGGUCAUCCACCUCUCCCCGAAGAAGGGCAGCCAGUCGGACGGCCCUUACUCUGGGCACUCCAGCAGUAACACUCUAUCCAGCACAGCUUCCAGCGGGGGCCACAGUGACAGCGAUAAAUGGUACGAAAUGGGAGCGGGUGGAGGCUCUAGCGGUGACCAGGGGGGGGAGCCAGAGCCCAACGGCUUGGGUGGAGGGGGCUACCUGCAGGGGGCUUCGGCCGACAGCGGCAUCGACACCAGCUCUUAUGGAGCUUCCCACCACACACACCCCCACUCUCAUCACGGCAGCACCACCUCCCUGCUGGCUCCCAGCGGAGGCAGGGAAAGCAGGGAGCGGUCAGUGUCCCCAUGGCACAGCCCCACCGAGGGAGGACGCAGGAUGCUGGAGAGGUCGCCAGCUGCAGCCGAGUCCCCGGGCCCUCCAGCAGAAAGGAGCCAGGACGGGACAGGCCGAACCCCACCUACCCAUCUCCUCGUUAGAGACAGCAGCACCUACAGUCUGAGUGAGACUGGAUCACACUCAAGUGCCAGGCACUCAGGCCACAGCUCCCCAAGAGACGAGUCCUCCUCUUCAACCACCUCGCCCUCGUCCCAGUCCUCACCGUCCCCUGGGCCCAAGAGCUUCUACCCCCGCCAAGGAGCUCAGUCCAAGUACCUGAUUGGUUGGAGGAAACCCGGUUCCACCAUUAAUUCUGUUGACUUCGGAGACACACGCAAGAAGUCUCCAGGAGAGAGUGGAGGGGAGGUUGUUCCAACCCCAGCAGCCAGGCCCUCUCUUCGGGAUAUGCACUCGCCUCAGCCUCAUGCUAAAUCUACUAUGGAGGAAGAUGUGAAGAGACACAGUGCCCCAGACAGCCCUCCACCACCACGCAGACAUAAGGAAAAGCACCACCAGAAAUCAGCACCAAGCCAGCCUCUCAGCCACCGUCGCUCACUCCAUCGCACCCUGUCCGAUGAGAGCAUCUAUCGCGGCCAGCGCCUUCCUCCCCUGUGCGACUCGGUGGCUGACCCGGCACUCAGCGGUGAUGUUCUCUUCAGCUGCUCCACCCUCCCACGCUCACCCACCACCCGCGGUGUUCCCCUCCGACGGCCUUCCUAUAAGCUGGGAGUCAAACUCCACGGUGACCUUUCAGCAUCUGACACAUCAUUGGUGGAUUUGGUGGAGCGUCAUCGUGGACCCCUCCCUCAGGAGCUGAUGCCCCUCCCAUCUCAAGACAGGGACAGCCCCCUAGAGUGGACACACCUGGUGGAUGUGGCCAGUACAUUUGAAAGUGAAAGAAACACACACUACGUCCAGAGAAGUUAUGUGUUUGGAGAUUCAAACCACCGAAACAGCGGCGCCUCCAGCCCCCAACAGGGCCACAUAGAGCUGCAGCCCGCUCCACUGUCACGGCCCUCAUCUAGUGAGGGUCACAUAGGGCUGGAGAGGAAGGUGACCAAGCUGGAGGCCAUGGUGAAGAUGCUCCAGGAGGACCUGAAGAAGGAGCGUGAAGAGAAGGUGAGACUUCAGGGUCAGAUCAAGAGGCUGUGGGAGGACAACCAGAGACUGCAGGAGGAGUCCCAGACCUCUGCCGCUAAGCUCAAGAAGUUCACAGAGUGGGUCUUCAACACCAUCGACAUGAACUGACUCCGACUUGCACAUUUUAACUCGCUCUCUCACGCACACACGCGCACACACACACACACACACACACAUAUAUACACAAAUGCAUACAUCAGCACACACAGUCUGAAUGCAGAGGGGGAAGACAUUGUGCACAAGAACAGUGGAGACUUGUUGUUGGACUCAAUUAGCCUGAUGCUGAACCCUCCGACCAGCUUCCAUUGGCUUCGAGCAUGGGUAAUAUUGUUGACCAGCCUCAGUCUCCACAGACCCCACUGUUAAACCUCUCAGGAUGGGACACAAGAAAAAAGGAUGUUGUUCAUCAGAUUAUGAAGGCCUGACCUCUACUCUCCAAUGGGACCACGAGAGCGUUGCUGAAUUGAUCUUUCUCUCAUCUCGCUGUGCCAAAAUUGUUUUUGCAAAAUUGCCAACAAAGAGGAAGCUCCCCCUCUUCUUUCUCAAGAGGUCAGCCAUGCUUUCUAAGUGGAUGUGCUUCUCUUUCUGGGGACAACCUAGAAUAGAUAUCUGGCCUUUUUCUUUCCAAUUACUUUUUUUCUCAUGUUGCCCAGCUUCUCUUAAAAGGUGGCUCGAGUCCUUUGUGCCAAACCAAACCCGCCACAGCAGAGGGUAGCCGGGACAUCCAUGUGACUUAAAGUAAAAACGUCUCUGAAAAUGCCACGCAAAGUCAGACAGGUACACGAGAAAUCUGCCAGCCCAGCCACUUACAAACAAGCACAAACACAUACAGUAAUGAAUAUGAAGCCUCAAGACCACUGGACACAGGAGAGGUUUUCAUUUCCUUCGAAUGUAAAUGGAAGGAACUUUAGUGUUUCCCCUCCUCAAAGCCGACGACAUGGAAGCAGGUCAAUCUGCCUCGGAACAGGAGGGAGAUAUGGAUUUGUAAAGUGUUUUUAAUUAUUUUAUUUUUUUUUGUCCUGUGUCACUCGGAUCGGGAUUACAGGAUCCUGUCUGUCUCUACAGCACAAACCAACACCUGACAGAGGAGUAUAUUUAUAAGCCAUCAGCAAGUGGUGCCAUUUAAACAUAACUGAUAUCCAGAGUGCUUUGGUCCAUCCCAAUUGUAUGUGUCUUAAAAGCAAUAGGAAGAAGUCAGGACUCCUGUCUCUCUCUCAAAAAAAAAAAAAAAAGGGGGAGAGUUUAUUCUGAGAAGAAGUUCAAUUUGGGAAAAGACAUUUUCAAAGUUGUUACACUUAAAAGACACCAGCCUCUGCUGCACAAGAGCCUCUCAUCUUCUUUCUUGGAGCAGGGGACAUCAUACUUUGAGGAAAAAAAAACAGGGAAGAGCGGACUCCACUCGCCAUCCCACUGUCUGGAAUACAGAGAGCCAGCUGAUAAGGAAUGACAGACAUUUUUUUGGGAGGGAAAGUAAGAGGGGGGACUUCUUUUUUUUUUUUUUCCCAGGUUAAUUUAUUUCCUUGUAUUAUAAUUCCAAUAAAUAAGUUGUUCUAUUCGUACAGUACAACUGACAUCAGUGUUUAGUUCCUCAAGAAAAAGAUCACUAGCUCUAUUAUUUAAAUGGCUUUCUUUCUUAACUACAGUAUAUGCUUUUUAUUCUGUAUUAUGUUGUAUUUUGUGGUGCCCAAGCCUGCUGUCAUGUUGCUUACAGUGCCCUCUAGUGAUGACCAGUGGAAAUGUCAUGAUUAUUAAAUGUGCUGCCAGUCA